AGAGCCAUCGGACCAAUCAGCAGGAGGAGGCGGGCUCAGGAGUAGCACACAUUAGUUGUCAAACAGGUUUGUCUUUAGCUGCUAACUCCUUUCAAACACAUUUCACACACGUUCUCCUCAGCUGGGCAGCACAGUGUUCGCUGGGCUAAAGCAAGAAACCCAGGAGAAACUCAGGGGAACAACAGGCACUGUCAAGGAAGUCCACAUGUCAGGGAACUAGAUUUCAACUGAGAUGUUAAGAUUACAUCUCUUCAGAAAUGGAAUGGAGCUGCAGAAAUACAGGAUAACUUUGCCAUUUCUGCAGAACCAAGGAUAUUUAUUUUAAGGUGAGAGGAAAACAUUGUGAACAAAAAGUGCAUAAGAACAGGUACGACUAGUUUCACAAAAUGCCUUUGGAGACUCUCCAACACACAGUGAGCAAGCAACCGGUGAGGACUGCAGUAGCUGCUACACAACCACGCUUGCGGCCCAAGGGGCCAGUGGGGCCAGACUUCUACCUGCAAUUGAAGACAGCAGCAGGCACACCAAAGCAGAGUGCGGUGGAGAGGCUGGAAGCAGACAAGGCUAAAUAUGUCAAGAGUCAGGGGGCUCUUUCUAAACAGCAGCCAGUCAGGCCUCCUGAGGUGUGGAAGCCUCUACUAAACCCUGGCACUGCUCUGCGGCCCACCAGGAAGACACCCACCCAAACCAAACCAAAGCAGGAAGGAGUCCAGCUCGACCUGGAGCAUCUGAGUAACCUGAUCAGCUGUGUGAAUGAUGGUGCGACUGCCAACUCAGGUGACCGUAAAGCUCUGGGUGGUGCUGUCACUUCACACAGCUCUCCUUGCCCCACAUCAGCAGGAGCACAACAGAAAAAGGAGAAACCGUGUCCACCCCCUCGUCCUGACUGGUCCAGUCCAGCUAAAGUGAGAUUAAAAGCCUCUGGACACGCUAGGGUCGAGAGUCCUGGCUCUCUUGGGUCUCCAGCUGCAGGACACGUACGCAGAGUGGACGUCAUGCCUCAGCCCAGCCCUGUGAGGACGCCCUGCAGACCACCUCAGUACAUCCGGCAGCCCCUUCAGCCCAUACCUGUACACACCCAGUUUCCACUUCGCCCGGCUGCUUCACCCCUGCGUCUCUUCCACACCAGAACAACACCACGCCCUUCUCCUCUGAAACCUGUUGUCGCUCCGUCCAAACCUGACAAUCCUCCCUCCUCUCCAGCUGAAACCCCCGUCCCUGCUCCACCUCUCCUCAACCUCCCUGUUUUCCCUCCUCCCUCCCCAGCGAUUACCCGUUUGUCCUCCUCCAGCUCGAGGAAACGCCCCUCUCUGACCCGGUCUAAAUCAGAUAUGAGUGACCGAUACUCCCGCGCUGGGACCGAGCUGGAGCGCUUCUUCAACCUGUGUGGUUUGGACCCUGCAGACCUCCAGUUGACUGGAUCUAAUUCUGACAUUGUGUCCAUGGCCCGUUUCUGCAGCGUGAGCGCUCCAGGGUCCGAGUGUGCAGGCUCUGGUAAAGAAGAUGAAGACGAUGAGGAGGAAGAUGCUGGCAAUGCUGCAGAGCGAGUUCCUUAUGGUGUUUCUGUCAUUGAGAGAAAUGCAAGAGUGAUCAAAUGGCUGUAUGGACUCCGUCAGGCCAAAGACAAUGCAAGUAAAAGUACCAAUUUAUAGCAUGGUGUUAAAUGGUCUAUGAGAUUUAAAAUGAAAGUAAAAAUGUCAAUAUUUCAAAAUUGCUAAACACACAUACCCAUCCCAUGAUUCAACUGUGAUAAUAUAGGUAGUGAUGGAUGCAAUUUGUCUGCCAACUAAUUCACUUCCAUUUGGUUCCCUAGUUUUUUUUAAUUAUUUUUUAUUUUUUUUUGUAGAAAUUUGAUGAAUGUUAUUUUGAUUUUUCUAAAAACUGUGUGUGCGUCUCAUAAUGGGGAUGUGAAAGUGUCAUCUCUGUUCACGAUCACGUAAAUCAACCGCAUUAAAGAUGGAAUGAUGAAAGCAU